AUGGCCUUCGCUUCGUCACUGGCGCCCUUCUUAGCACCUUCUGGAACCUUCGGAGCCCGUCCCGCCAAGACGCUCCGGGCCGAUGCACCCGGGAGGUUCGUAGCGUCCUCCUCUCCCCCUCCCGACGUCAUGGUGACGCGGGAGCAGGGAAAGAACGCCAGGCUCAUCGCCGCGCUGGAAAAGCAUGUUGAAGGCCCUGAUACAGAUAGGCUUUCAGAUGUCCUACGUAAUGACAAGUUUGACUGGAUUACUAUAACCUCUCCUGAGGCAGCUGCAGUGUUCCUUCAGGGAUGGAAUGCAGCUGGAAGUCCUAAGGUGCGAGUAGCUGUUGUUGGAGCAGGAACUGCAAGGGUUUUUCAUGAAGUAUCAGAAUCUGGUGAUCAGUCUCUUGAGGUUGCAUUUUCACCUUCCAAAGCUUUAGGUAAAGUCUUGGCUUCAGAGCUUCCAAGGAGCAAUGAGAAUUCAUGUAAAGUUCCUGUAGAAGAUGUGGAACCACUAACAUUAAAUCUUGCUAUAUCAGCUCCAGUUGUUGCGGUAGCUUCUCCUUCUGCAUUGAGGGCAUGGUUAAAUCUUAUUUCAAAAGUUGUUAACUGGAACAACUCCAUCGCUUGCAUAGGUGAGACCACUGCAUCAGCAGCGAAGAAAUUGGGCCUGAAGAGCGUAUAUUACCCAACAACCCCUGGACUUGAGGGGUGGGUUGAAAGCAUUCUUGAGGCGCUCAGAGUCCACAGGACAUCAAAAGAGGUUCUCCUCUUUCCCUUUGUAGUCAGCCCCAAAAUGUUGAAAAUGGGCAGCCGCCCAUUGUACCGGAUGGCGGAGCUUCUUCUUGACGAUGGCAUAUCCGGCUGUAUGUCGAAGAAUUCUUUCCAUCUUUGA